GCUGUGRAAUGGGUGAAAAAGUGGUAGUUUUUGGUGCAUGGUUCAGCCCUUUCAGCAGCCGAGUGGAAUUGGCUCUGAAACUGAAGGGCAUUCAAUAUGAUUACGUUGAAGAAGAUAUAUACAAGAAGAAGAGCGAUCUGAUCCUCAAAUUCAACCCUGUUUACAAGAAGGUCCCUGCCUUCGUCCAUGGCGGAAAAUCCAUUGCAGAGUCCAUUGUUAUUCUUYAGUACAUUGAAGAGACUUGGACCCAAAACCCCCUUCUGCCUCACCAUCCUUAUCAUAAAGCUCUCGCGCUCUUCUGGGCCAAGUUCAUAGAUGACAAGUUAUUGGCUGCAUUGGUAAGAGGCCGGAGAAGCGAGGGGAAGGCGAGAGAAGAGGUGGAAGCAGAGGCACGCGAGGCCUUAAAAGCGCUUGAUGAUGAGCUGAAAGGGAAGAGGUUCUUUGGGGGAGAGAGGCUGGGAUUUGUGGACAUUGUUGCAAACUUCAUAGCGUAUUGGAGUCCAGCCAUGGAAGAAGCUUUGGGUUUUGAUGUGUUAACCAGUGAGCUGCAGAAGCUUCCAAAUCUACGCCGAUGGUGCCACGAGUUUGUGGAACACAGCCUUGUCAAACAGACUCUGCCUCCCAAACCUGACCUCCUUGCCUUCUUCUCAUCUCAGUUUGGAACCAAUGUUGCUUCCAAAUGAAGAUGGUUACAUGGUUGUGAAACAGAUCUAUGGAUAUGAAAUCUUGUAUAUGUUGUCCCUUCUGAUUUAAAAAGAUUUUAAUAAACUUUU